CACGCGACCAGACGCGCAUGACGACGCUCACACUGUCGUUCGUAUCCGCCCCGGCGCGCUCGCGCGUCGAAACGUCAAAGCCCCGAGGCGCGCGCCUCCGUCACCCUGUCCGGAUUCCCAAAAACACCAGGGAUCUAUCCGCGGCAAUUACCUCGUCCGGCUCGUCGUCGUGGGCGGGUCCUCCGCACUCGCCGAGCGAGGUUUACAUCGCGCGGGUGCCGUUGGUCGGUCUGGAGGCGCUCGAGUGGGGCUUGGGAAACAAGUACCCCGGCGAGCUCGAUCACACCAUGGUGCUGGUUCGGCACCUCGAGUGCGAGACGGACGCGAACGGGACGGAAAAAUGCACGGACUGGAACGCGGUCACCUGUUACGAUUUCCUCCCCGAGGAGCCCGCGUCGCCAGCCACCGCCGCCACGCUGCUCGCCGGGGGGAGCGUCAAGGGCAAGCUCCGGACUCGCACGCUGCGCGGAAUACCCAAGCGCAAGUGCGAGUUCGUCGGCCAGGCCGUCGUCGGGCAGAGGCUCGGGGACGGGGUGGAAUGCCAACGGGAGAUUGACGCGAGGUGCGCAGAGUUCCAGAAGGAAUGGGACCCGCACCUGAGCCUCAAGGACCACAGCUGCAGGGAGCACUCCGCCGCGUUGGCGAGCAUGCUCACGGGCAAGGAGGUCACGUCGGAGAAGAUCGGGGCGCACGUGACUCCCGCCUUUUCCGCGUGACGAGGGUCGUUUUAAGUCGCGCGUGUAACACGAUGUAGAACAAGUAAGUUAAACCUUGACGAG